UUAGUAGGAAUGAGUGACCUUGGUGCCACUUGUUCAUUGGUGUGCUGUCUGUAUAUGGAUGGGAAAUGGCUCGCACUUUUAGCUCACCAUUGGAUACACUUUAUAUGGUUGAAAAAAAAUGUAUUCUGAAUCUUGUUUUUCCUACAACAACAAGUCACUAAAAAUGAAUCUAACAACAUUUGGAACAGUUUGGUUUCACUUUGGACGCUAUUUGACUGGCUAAAAAUACAUGUUGAGCAUUCACUGACUGCAUGGCUCAUUGGAAAUGUCACUACAAAGACUCAUCCAGUGACACAAACAAGCUACCUCAAGUGAUUUAUAAACACAUAUGUGCACUGUUGUAAAAAGACCUCAAGAAACUACUGCUUUCUCAAUAUGGAGCGCAAGGGGCAGACAAUAUAAGGAGAAAAGCAGGGGCCUUAAAAUUGAACCCUGUGGAAUCCCUUAAGACAUAGUUCUGUCUACCAGAUAGAAACAGGACAUAAAGCAUCUUUUCAAAGUAAAUGAAUUCAUGAAUAAGGUUACGCAGUAAAGUGUAACUGUAAAGUAGGUUGAAUAAAUAUCUUCAGAAUGCACCUCAUGUCCACGUUUUAUUCGACGGCUCUAAGUGUCACUGUCAUCUGGACUCAGCAGGCUCCUGUUAAAAAUGUCCACAUCCUAUGCUGCCACUCUAUCAGCCCUUGUUACCGCCACCUCCCCUGAGCGACAAAUACAACUAAACGUGAGCGCUCAUUCCGCCCCUGAGCCCUCGACCUCACCCGGGAGUCCGAAAUCGAUUCCCCCAGCCAGUCCAGCUCCUCCACGUUGUCAUCCAGUUGAAGCUCAUCCUGGCCCGCCGGAGUUUGCGGGAUCAUAUGACGAACAGGAGAACCCGUCAGAUUAUGGGAUCGGUGGUUAUUAUCCUGUAGAGGUUGGAGAGAUUUUUGAGGACCGAUACCAGGUGGUCAAAAAGUUGGGAUGGGGUCACUUUUCCACGGUGUGGCUCUGCUGGGAUAUGGUGAGAAGGCACUUUGUCGCUCUCAAGGUGGUGAAAAGUGCUCCGAUGUUUACAGAGACAGCCAUGGAUGAGAUCAAACUUCUCAAAUGUGUGAGGGACAGUGACCCCAGAGAUCCUAAACGUCAGACAAUUGUGCACCUCAUCGAUGAUUUCAGGAUCUCAGGAGUGAACGGAGAGCAUGUCUGCAUGGUCCUGGAGGUGCUGGGCCACCAACUCCUGAGGUGGAUCGUCAAAUCCAACUACACUGGUCUUCCGCUUCCUUGUGUCAAAAGCAUCAUCAGACAGGUUCUGCAAGGUUUAGAAUACUUGCACACAAAGUGCAAGAUCAUACACACAGACAUCAAGCCGGAGAACAUCCUCUUGCGGGUGGACGAUGUUUACGUACAGAAACUGGCAGCUGACACCAAACUGUGGCAACUGCCCGAUUCCGCCGUAUUGACCAGCGAACCAAAGAGCUCAACUGCCAAACAAAAAAAGAGUUUGUCCAAAUUAAUGGGAAGGUUGACGGGGGUUUUCCAAAACAUUGGGAAUUGGUCUAGCAAGGCUUCAAGGUCGCAUCUAAAACGCCUGAGGUGGACAGAGAGGAAGCAGCGAGCCAAGGCGAAUACAUCCGACCAAAGUCAAAAACCACCUCACGAUGGCCUAUAUGAUGUUACAACUCCGUCUGGCACCUGUCAAACAUUGCUCCCGGACUCUGAUGUCACAUUAAGGAGACAGACCAUGCUCUUGUCCGACAGGCUGGACUCGCCUGAGCUCAGUCACAGAAACUUCUCCUCUUCGUUGCCAGACAUCACCAAAGAUGCCCCCUUUUCUGCAUCCAGAUCUUUAUUUUUACACCAGAUGCCAGACAAACAACUCUCUCCUCAUGGAAACAAUGACUGUGAGGGGCCUCUUGACCUUCUACUGCCACAUAACGCGGACAAGAUGCUUGUUAAAAUUGCUGACCUGGGCAAUGCUUGCUGGGUGUACAAACACUUUUCUGAGGACAUCCAGACAUGUCAAUACCGCUCAGUGGAGGUCCUGAUUGGUGCUGACUACAGCACCCCGGCUGACAUUUGGAGCACUGGCUGCAUGGCUUUCGAGCUCGCAACGGGGGACUAUCUGUUUGACCCCCAGUCAGGGACCGCAUUCUCCCGUGAAGAAGAUCAUAUUGCACACAUCAUCGAGCUGCUGGGACCUCUUCCAUCCAAGUUGGCCCUUUCGGGGAAGAAAUCCAAAAGAUUCUUCAACCAAAAAGGACAACUCAGGCGCAUCUCAAAGCUGAAGCCGUGGAGCUUGUUGGAAAUUCUGCUGGACAAGUACGAGUGGCCACAGGACGAAGCGACCCGGUUCAGUUCGUUCCUCUUGACCAUGUUGCAUCUUCAGCCGGAAAAAAGAGCCACAGCGGCCCAAUGUCUCAAACACCCGUGGAUCACAACAACCUAACUUGACCUCCUUGUUUUGGCCGCGGCCUUUUUCUCUCCCAUUCAUUGGACUUGGAGGACUUUAUUGUACAAAUCUGGUGCUGGCAUCAUGUGCAAAGCCUUUGUGCCUUUUCCCAUCAGGCGAUUUGCAUAUUCACGGCAGUUCCAUUGGAUUCAGACAGAAUGACCCUUAAGUUUGUUUUCUGUUAUGUAUCCAAAAGGUAUACUUUCUAGUUUCAUUUUUUUAAAGAACAAAUUACAUUUGAACUGGCUGACGUUUUGUACAGUACGCCGCUCACUAAUAAAUCAGUUUGCGCUGAGGAGGAGGAGCUAAAUGUAA